AUGGCCGAGUUGAAGCAUGUAGAAGACUACUUGUACAAUCUGGGCAGCUACAGCCGCACUAUUACAACUACAAGCAAACAGGCGCAAGCAUGGUUCGAUAAAGGCCUCAUCUGGUGCUACGGUUUUCAUCAUGAGGAAGCCGUGGUCUGUUUCGAAAAUGCCAUUGCUCACGAUCCGGAAUGUGCAAUGGCCUUUUGGGGAUUGGCAUAUGCCCUUGGACCUAACUAUAAUAAGGGCUGGGGUCUCUUUGAACAAGGUGAGAUGCAGACAGCAGCGGAAAGAACUCACGAAGCUGUCGAGCAAGCGAAGAAGAAGUCUGCCGGUGCAACUGAGGUAGAAAAGGUAAUUAUCAACGCCCUCCAGAAACGAUACCCUCAGGGCCAGGCUCCAAAAGAACAAGAGUGGCCAAUUUGGAACACGGAAUACGCCGAUGCCAUGGAAAAAGUGGCGUCUGAAUUCCCGGCGGACCUCGACAUUGGUGCGCUUUAUGCCGAUGCCAUGAUGAACCUGACGCCAUGGGAGCUCUGGGACAUUUACACUGGCAAGCCGACAGAAAAGGCCAGAACCAUGGAAAUCAAGCGUGUGCUGGACCACGGCAUAGCCCAGCCAGGGGGCAAGCAACACCCUGGUUUAUUACACCUUUAUAUUCACAUGGUCGAAAUGUCGCGGAAUCCCGAGGACGGCAUGCCAGCGGCCAACCUGCUGCGUGGACUCGUCCCCGACUCUGGACAUCUCAACCACAUGCCCAGUCAUCUUGAUGUCCUGACUGGAGACUACGCCUCAGGAGUCAAGGCAAAUACGGAUGCUAUGAUUGCCGAUGAAAAGUUCCUGGCAGACAAAGGGCCGCUUAACUUUUACACAUUGUAUCGCAGUCACGACUACCACUUCCGCCUCUACUGCGCCAUGUUCUCUGGGCAAUCCAAAAUUGCACUGGAAACAGUGGAUAAGCUGAACGCAAGCAUCACAGAGGAGGCGCUUCGAGUCCAAACACCGCCAAUGGCAGACUGGCUGGAGGCAUUCCUUGCGAUGCGCGUACAUGCACUUAUUCGAUUCGGACUUUGGCAGGAAAUUAUCGACAUACCCCUUGCCAAGGACCAGGAACUCUAUUGCGUUGGAACAGCACUGUUACAUUACGCUAAAGGAAUGGCAUUUGCAGCUUUGGGAAAGGUGCCAGAAGCUCAGGCUGAACGAGACCUGUUCUCCGUUACAAGGAAGCUGGUGAAAGAGUCACGCACCAUCUUUAACAACAAAUGCGUUGAUAUUCUGACAGUAGCUGACGCCAUGUUAGACGGUGAGAUUGCAUACCGUAGUGGCGACUUCUCUGCGGCGUUUGAACACUUGAGAGAGUCGAUCAGGCGCUACGAUACACUUCCCUUUGAUGAACCUUGGGGUUGGAUGCAGCCAGCACGCCAUGCCUACGGAGCUCUACUGUUGGAACAAGGCCAUGUGGAAGAAGCACGAGUAGUCUACGAGCAAGAUCUGGGCUUGGAUGAAAUCCUACCUAGAAUCCAUCAGCAUCCAAACAAUGUCUGGGCGCUGCACGGAUAUCAUGAGUGCCUGGUUCGUCUGGGCCAGCAGGAUCUGGCUGCCGAGAUCCGUCCAAAGCUAGAUGCUGCACUGGCGGUGGCCGAUGUGCCGAUUUCAUCGUCUUGCUUUUGCCGCAAAAAGUGUCAUGUAGCUUGA